AUGUCGGCGGGGGGACGGCGCCACGUUCAGGAUUGCGGAAGCGGCAACCCUGUUGCACCGGCACCACCGGAGGAGUCGCAUACACGGCGACAAGUCCCCAAGCAUGCCGCCCCGCACCUCGACAACGAUGCGCAGGCGACACGGGCGGAAGAGGUGCCGCCGCGGCCCUCGCGACAGCGGUGUCGGCCGCCCCCGUUUGAGAAACGCGCCGCUAGUGAGCCGCGGCCGCGGAUGACAGCCACCCCGCUAAGGCAGAGUCACCUCUCGCUGGGCUCGCUGACACCGGCAGAGGAGACGCCGAGGGAGCGGCCGGUGCCGCCGCCCAUGGUGAAGAAGCCACUGCGUUCGGGCCGGCGGCACACGCCAGCACCGCGUUCUGCGAGCGUGGACGAUAGGCAUAUUGGCAUCAAGAUGGUGCUUCCACCACACCACUGGAAUAGCGUCACAGAGCGACGCGAGGCUCUUAUGAGUUAUGGCAUCGAUGCGUACGAACCUCGGGAUGUUCUGCAUAGAAACCAGAGUAACUGGAGCAUAGGUUAUGGCUCAUCAACACCAAAAACCAAGACGUUGGUCAACUCCACUGAAGGCAAUGGAAAUGGAAGUGAAGAAAAGCUGAAGCUUGUUACUUCGCCAAACAAGCUGAUCCAGAGAAGCAGAAGAAAUAGUUCCACGCCAAGACGACGGGAAUACGACAUUAUCUCCUGGAUGCCGCUGUAG